AUGGCCAAAUCCUCAAGACAAACACUGAUCAUUGCUAGACGACUUACUAGCAUGGACACAACUGCGGUGUCGUGUUGGUACAACUGUGGUGUCGUGUUGGUACAACUGUGGUUAGGUGUUGGUACAACUGUGGUGUCGUGUUGGUUCAACUGUGGUGUCAUGUUGGUACAACUGCGGUGUCGUAUUG